AUGGCGAUAGUAUCGAGACUUAUUCAAAAAUUCAAUGCAUCCUAUGCAGAAAAACCUCUCUUGACGACCAUGAUCACGAAUGCUGUCCUCGGCGGCAUUGCGGAUACAGUCGCUCAAAACAUCACCGCAAUACGAGAACGAGCUGUGCGAAAGGGCGGUCCGGGCAAAGAUGACUUCUUCGCGAUUGAAAUUCAUGAGCUUGAUAGGAAGAACCGGCUACCUAGUACCGACAUUGUCCCUCCCUCCGAGAGACUGCCCCCGCCUUUUGACUUCGAACGACUCACUCGAUUCAUGGCUUAUGGUUUUUUGAUGGCACCGCUCCAGCUCAAGUGGUUUGGGUUGCUUGCCCGUGCUUUUCCGAUUACCAAGACGAGUGGCACUGGUCAAGCCUUGAAGCGUGUAGCUUGUGACCAAUUCAUCUUCGCCCCAUUUGGUCUAACAUGCUUCUUCACAUUCAUGACAAUUGCUGAGGGCGGAGGCAAGAAGGAAAUUAUUCGCAAGUUCCAGGAUAUCUACGUACCCACCCUAAAGGCCAAUUACGUUCUUUGGCCUGCGGUACAAAUCAUCAACUUCAGGGUUAUGCCUAUUCAGUUCCAGCUUCCCUUCGUGUCAACUAUUGGCAUUGCCUGGACCGCUUAUCUCUCGCUCACCAACUCCGCCGAACGAGCACGCGAAUAA